AGUGUCCACCACGCAGUCAACCAUUGAGCCAAUCGAGCCAUCACGUUUUGGGCGGUUUCCCACCCAGCGUGGCGAUGGACUCGGCAACGUGAUGCCCAAGGCCAAACAUCGCAUCACGGCCAAUGGCCGCUGCCAGCGGCAGCGUAACACCGAUGAGGCGCCAGCUGCUGAUGUAGUUCAGAGCUGGAGAUGCCAGAAAUGUAGCUUUGUCAAUGACGAAGAUCUGCCAUUUUGUGAGAUCUGCCAGGAGCCGAAGGAAGAGCCCUCGCGUGACGAUGAGGGAAGCGACGAUGAACCACAAGAUUGGUUCUGCAGCAAAUGCUCCUUCAAAAACAGCGGGCUGUUGCCUUGCUGCGAACUCUGUGAGAAUGCUCGUUCCAGUUCAUCGAGCGCGCAGGAGGAGGUCAGGCCAUGUCCCCUUUGCUCCUUUGAGAAUUCAAGCUCAAGAACUGCUUGUGCGAUGUGUUCCUCACCCCUUCCUGCGGAGGAAGCAGCCUCCAGUGCGUCCAAGCCUGCGGUUGCCAGUGCCGACAUGCCCGAAGCGCCGGCAGAAGGGCAGUGUACGGAGGAGGAACGUCGUUUGCUGCAGUCUAUGGGAUGGAACCCGGAUGAGCACGACGACGACGAGGGCGGUUUAGAGGACUGGGAAAUUGACGCGGCUGAACAGAGCCUCAUCGCCCAGCUCCAGGCGGAGGGCGACCGCGAGACGCUGCGCGACCGCGCACGGCGCGAGUUCGAUGCCUGGAGCAGUCGACCCAAGGGAUCCACGUGAAGCCAACCUGAGAAGAGCGGGUUUGAUUUGGAUGUGACCAGUGGCCGCAGUGGCACUGAGAAAUGCCUUU